AGUUGAGGCGUCGACUUCCCGAGUUGGAAUAUGUGAGCCACUAGAGCAGACACGUCAGUGGGCGCUCCUGUUGUCUUGUACCAGCUUUGCGCCGCGCACUCCGUGGAAGCGUUUCACCGAGAGGAAGUUGUCAAACAGUAUUCGGAGUCGCUUCUCGUCUUCGGCGUUUUUUCAACUCGUGCAGUAUUCUUUUUAACUUUGCCCCGCUCCAGCUCCACGAUGAUAAGCGAUCAGAGCGCUCCACAUGUUGGGCUGGUAAAAGGCCAGCUUCUGUGGGAUUUGAUUUUGUCUUUAGAUCGGUUCAACUGAAGAUGGAAACACUGGAGUCUGAGCUAACCUGCCCGAUCUGCUUGGAGUUGUUUGAAGACCCUCUGCUCUUACCGUGCGCCCACAGCCUGUGCUUCAACUGUGCCCACCGCAUCCUGGUGUCACACUGCUCAUCCAGCAAGCCGCUUGAAUCUGUUUCGGCCUUUCAGUGCCCCACCUGUCGUUACGUCAUCACGCUGAAUCACCGCGGACUGGAGGGGCUUAAGCGCAAUGUGACGCUGCAGAACAUUAUAGACCGCUUUCAAAAGGUCUCCUUGAGCGGCCCCAAUUCGCCUACUGAAAGCCGGCGCCUGCAGCGGCCCUACACCGCCACCAUUAGCAGCACAAUAGCGGGAACAAUUGGCGGCGGUGGUGGCGGUGGCACGAGCGGAAGCAGCGCCCGGAGCAGCCCGGCCACUUCCAGCCACCCCCACCAACACCCGCACGCCAAUCACACCAAUCACAUUAACCACACAAACGCCAACCACAGCCCGGCGUUUGUGGCGAAAAUGGAUCUGCGUAUCUGCUGCCAGUUUUGCGAGCAGGACCCGCCUCGCGAGGCCGUCAAGACGUGCGUGACGUGCGAGGUAUCGUACUGUGAUCGCUGUUUGCGAGCGACGCACCCCAACAAGAAGCCCUUCACGAGCCACCGCCUGGUGGAGCCUGUGCCGGACACGCACCUCCGCGGCCUGACCUGUGUGGAGCACGAGAAUGAGAAGGUCAACAUGUACUGCCUGGUGGAUGACCAGCUCAUUUGUGCCCUCUGCAAACUGGUCGGGCGCCACCGGGAGCACCAGGUGUCCUCGCUCACCGAACGUUUUGACAAGCUCAAAGCUUAUCAGGUGAGCCCUGGCAGAGUGUCAGAUGCGGUAAUGGAGGCUUCAAAGACAAGCGCUGCGGUGAGUUCUCUAGCUGUCCAUUACCAACUGACCACCCUCACCCACUCAUCCCUUCUGCUGGGGAGCACACAGCAAACCUUGGAGAACAACUUGACCAACUUAGUGAAGAGGAACAGUGAACUGGAGAACCAAAUGGCCAAACUUAUCCAGAUCUGUCAACAGGUUGAGGUAAACACUGCCAUGCAUGAAGCCAAGUUGGUGGAGGAGUGUGACGAGCUGGUGGAGAUCAUCCGCCAGAGGAAGCAAAUCAUUGCUGUGAAAAUCAAGGAGGCCAAGGUGAUGAAGCUGCGUAAAUUGGCCCAGCAGAUUGCCAACUGUCGUCAGUGUCUGGAGCGCUCCAGUGCCCUCAUCACACAGGCAGAGCAGAGCCUGAAAGAAAACGACCACGCCCGCUUCCUUCAGACUGCCCGAAAUGUCGCUGAAAGAGUUGCCAUGGCGACAGCCUCCUCCCAGGUACUCAUCCCUGAUGUCAAUCUAAACGAAGCUUUCGACAACUUUGCCCUGGACUUUUCUCGAGAGAAGAAGAUUUUGGAAGGCCUUGAUUACCUAACAGCACCCAGCCCGCCGUCCAUCCGAGACGAGUUGUGCACAGCGUCACACGACACCAUCACUGUUCACUGGACAUCUGAGGACGAGUUCAGCGUCACAUCUUAUGAGCUGCAGUACACCAUAUACACUGGCCAGACUAAUUUCAUCAGUUUGUACAACUCUGCUGACAGCUGGAUGAUUGUGCCCAACAUCAAGCAGAACCACUACACAGUGCAUGGCCUGCAGAGCGGCACGCGCUACGUCUUCUUCGUCAAGGCUAUCAACCAGGCAGGAAGCCGCAACAGCGAGCCGGCCCGUCUCAAAACCAACAGUCAGCCAUUCAAACUGGAUCCCAAAACUGCGCACAAGAAGCUGCGUCUAUCCAACGACUGCCUCACCAUGGAGAAGGACGAGAGCUCUCUGAAAAAGAGUCACACUCCCGAACGCUUUGGUGGAACGGGCUCGUACGGGGCCGCCGGUAAUGUGUUCAUUGACAGCGGGUGUCACUACUGGGAGGUGCUGCUGGGAGCAUCCACAUGGUACGCCAUCGGCGUGUCUUAUAAAUCAGCGCCUAAAAAUGAAUGGAGUGGCAAAAACUCGUCGUCGUGGGUGUUCUCACGCUGCAACAAUAACUUUAUGGUGCGCCACGAUGGCAAGGAUAUGCUGGUGGAGGCCAGCCUGCAGCUGAGGCGUCUAGGCGUCCUGCUGGACUACGACAACAAUUCGCUGUCCUUUUAUGACGCCAUGAACUCUCAUCACAUUCACACCUUUGAAAUCUCCUUCCUCCUACCCGUCGUACCCACCUUCAUGAUCUGGAACAAGUCGGUCAUGAUCCUCUCAGGGCUUCCCGUGCCAGAUUUUGUGGAGGGCAUGUCUUUAGAUCAUCAAGAGCAGCAGCAGCAACAGCAGCAAAUGGGCCUGUGCCGGCAAGAAUCCCCCUAUUUGACCGGAAUGAAGGCCUGCCACUGAGGGGACGGUACACCGAGGAGAGUCCUGAUCCAAGUGGUCCAUGUGGCUGCCGAGUGUGAGUGAGUGAGUGGACGUACAUAAUAACUUUCUACUGGAUGUAGAAAGUGUAAAAAUAUGCACACCACUCUAUAAAAUAUUACACCUUUGAGGUCAUAUACGAUGUUUUAAUUAUCCAUCAGAGGUUAGACAGUUGGAAACAUCUCUAGAGUUGACAUUUAUAUCCCAAACUCACUCAGUACGUUUACAUGGGAGAAUAGUUUAUUGUAUCAUUUUAUUGACUUGUAUCUGAAUUACUGCAGUGAGCUUGCAGAGUUGAAACUGAGUUCUAGCUAGAUCUUCUUUACCCGGAGGCUUUUUACGUCACUCCGCUCGUGUUAAUGCAACUUAAAAAAAAAAAAAAAAAGACAGACACGAACAAAAUUCUUGUUUUUGUUUUUUUUAACAUGGCUGACAAGCACGCUCUUGUACACAUUGCACAUACUCCAAGUUGUGACUCUCAGUCAGUAGUUGAAGUGUUGGCUUUGACUUCCCAUUGCAGGUGACUUAUAGGGCCAGUGUGAGUGAGUUGCAAUUAAAAGGACAGCACUUUGUAUAUUUGCUCGGUUUUUCCGCAGUAGAACAUGUUAACGUACUGACUGAAGAAGAGGAUUUGCUCUGUCAGGCAGGGUUAUCAUUUCUUGACCUAUUGUGGGCUUACUACUUGAUUCUUCCAGAUUUCAGUCAAGGUAGAGGUCCAAGUGCGAAAGAGAAAGGGUUUCCACUUGACCAUUGGGAUUAGUCAAAUAUAUUUUGCAUCAUAAUCUAGCCAAAACAACAAAUAUCACUGAUCAUGUGUUGCUUCCUCACAAUCUACUGUAAAUUCCUUGACUAUACACUUGGAACUGACACAAUUUCUUGUUUGCAUAAGGGGGUCAAUUUUGCAUCGUGUGACAACUGAACUUGUAUAAUAAGAGUUUUAUUGAAAAAGAUAAAUGUUAUUUAUGACAGAUGUUUAAUUUUAUUAUUAAUUGUAACAGAUCCACAAAAGACUAUUUAAUAACACUAUUUACCCUCUAUUGGUGUUUGCUGUAAUUAGGUGCCGUGAAAUCAGUGGAUCUUAAUGGGAAAGUGACAGCUUGACUGUCCUUCACAUUGCUACUUCCCAAAGACAUUAUGUUGUGGUUUUUAGCACAUAAAAUAUCGACAAACAACUUCAUAAUGCUUGUUGGGGGACGGGGUAGAUUUGACACUUUAACUGUCACAAUGUCAUAGCAUGGUUGUGUUUUUCUGUCGGGUGUCCACACACAUGCACGCACAAUCUCACAUUUUGAUUUUGUUAAGCUUGGCCUGUUUGUGAUAAUGCAUGAAAACACUGUAGAUUCAAUGUGUGAUUUCAGUAGCUAUGUCAAGUUCGACACAUCUGUCAAAUGCACACCUGCACACUUGCUCGCAAUGAACUUACAACUCAUCUGUUGCCACCCGUUCAGUUCAACUUAGUCCAUUGCAUUGUGGAGGGUGACAACUUCACUCAUGUUUUCACAUCGAAGGUAUGACAGACGGUUUGACACCAAAAUCACAACUCAAAAAUCAUAAAGGAGCUGCUGUUAUUGAUGUGUCAAACAUUGCUUUCCCUCUCUCUUAACAAUGGACAAGUCGUCAAACAUUUUAUUUGUAGCCUCAACCGACAGUGUUUUACAUUUUAAUUGAGUAUUGUUUCACAUGAGUUUCAUAGGAAAUUUACAUGCUGUGGGCUUUGUAAUGUUAAAACUGUCUAGUACUAAUAUAUCUCGGCUUUGCUACAAUGGUAAACAAUAGAGUGCAGACCUCCACCAAGGCCAAACGAAUUUUGUUGAAAAAUCUUGCCGUGCUGGGAACUUCACCUCAUCAGAAGGAAUGUUUCCGAGUCAUCUGUGCAGGUGUGUCAAUGCAUGAUAUGUGCUGCAGCUUCAAAAUUUCUUCCACUUGAGUUGCUUGUCAUAAAUUUGGUGAAUUUUCUUUUGCGAGGGUGUUGCCAGGUUAAAAAAAAAUGGUCUCAUAACAUCCAUCAAGCAUAUCAAAUAGUUUGCUUUGAUUUUUUUUUUCUUCAUGUUACAAGUCAAUACAGUGAAAUAUUUACAGAAAAUGAUUUCCAGUCGCCACCAACCAACCCUGGCAGUGCAGAGGAAAACCCUUGAGACAUUGCAAUAGAUUCUCCUUCUGUUGCUUUUGUGUAACUUGGUGAGUCAUUUUUUUUUACAUCUCAGAAAAUGCACUUUCCUCUCAUGUUGGCAUUUUAGUAAACAGCACAAAACAAGCAGGAUUGCUUUUGUGAACUUUGCCUGAGAGGAAAAUAAUCAAUGGAGGAAAAUAAAAUAACUAAUGGAACUGUAAUAAAUAUUACAGUUGUAUAUUGUACACUAUAUACAAACCAAUGUUAUUUAUGUGAAUCUAAGUCCAAUUAAAUGUCUCAUCCAAAAAA